AUGCCCACGCAUGGUCCGCCGUCCCCGAUCCUCCAGAAAAGCGUCAAGCGUCAGCGGCAGGACUCGUACGACGGCACGUCAUCGCGCAACGACUUCUCGAGCCCUGAGCGGCAGGCUGGCGAUGCGAAUCUAGGAGGAGGGGUCAUCGCAGGCAACGGCAGCAGCAGCGGCCGCAGCGAGGCCGGUGCCUCGGCUGCGUAUCCUGGCAUCCCUGUCGCCUCUGACAAUGGCAAUGGCAAUGGCACCGGUCCUGGUCUUGGUUCCGGUCCCGGUGCCAGCGCAAGCGACGUUGCGACUGCAGGUGCUGCCUCAAACACCACCAGCACCACCACCACGACCGCCAACGCCGCUGACUCCGACGGCACUACGCCGACUGGCAAGCCUGGGCAGAGCAGCAACUUCCGCAAUGUCAGCGCGUGCAACCGCUGCCGUCUGCGUAAGAACAGAUGCGAUCAGAAACUCCCCAGCUGCGCGAGCUGCAACAAGGUCGGCGUGUCUUGCGUUGGCUAUGACCCCAUAACGAAGAAGGAGAUUCCUAGGAGCUAUGUCUUCUAUCUCGAAACUCGUGUGGAGGUGCUGGAGAAGCUCCUUGCGUCCAACAAUAUCCCCUUCCCACCGGCUGAGGACCUAGAUGUUUGCUCUCGUCCUGGAGCUGAUGGUAGCUUUCCGGCCGUACGCGAUAGGGGCUACUCAAUUCAAUCCGACGCUGCGGACUCUCGCCUAUCACGACCUCACAGCCAUCAUAGCCAGGCGCUAGACAAGAAGCAAGGCGACCAGAGCCCGGCCAUGCUCAACAUUGUCAGCCCGGCCAAGCCGCGAUCGCUCGCCUCUGCAUCUGGGGUCUCCUUCGCUCGUGUCGUGUUCGCCGCGGUGCAGUAUUCGGUAUCAGACCAAAACGGUGGGCCAGACAAACCCGUGGCCUCCAACCACUCGAACCCAACAGGAGCUGGGACGUCGAUGCGCGACUCCUUCUUUGGUUUACAUACACGACCAACUAUUCAGCCGGCCACAUUUCCCAGCAGGGACGUGGCCAUGCGCUUGGUCACGCUGUACUUUGAGCAUGCAAACCCGCAGAUUCCUAUCUUGCACCGCGGCGAGUUCAUGCGCAUGUUUGAGAAGGCGUAUGCAAACGAGGGCCGGGGCCUCAGUGCGAGAGAGUUGUAUAUGCUGAACAUGGUCUUUGCAAUUGGCUGCGGCGUCAUCGUGGGUGAGCCCGUCAAGGCAGAGGCUUCCGGGGGCUCAAGGUUGGCGUUUCAACAGAGCCGAGGCCAGUGUCGGCCGGAAGAAUACCACGCAAGUGCAAUCGUCCACCUCGAGGAAUGCCUCAGCAGCAGCGGAGGUGGGCUCGAGGUACUUCAGGCCGUGCUUCUGCUUGCCAACUUUGCGCUCCUGCGGCCCGUUCCGCCGGGCCUCUGGUACAUCACCGGCGUUGCGGUGCGUCUUGCGGUUGACCUUGGUCUCCAUCACGAGGAUGCAGCUGAUAUAGAUGAUGCUGAACCGCAACAAUCAAAUGGCAGCAGCGCAGACCGAGGAAGGCGUCUCUGGAUCCGCGACAUGAGGCGCAGAUUGUGGUGGUGCACCUAUGCAUUUGACAGGCUGGUGAGUACAUGCGUCGGUCGGCCGUUUGGUAUCAGCGACCAAGUCAUCACGACCGAAUUCCCCUCGGUCCUCGACGAUGCCUAUAUCACUCCGAAUGGCUUUAUAGAACCGCCCGACGGUCAGGAUCAGCCAAGCUACAAGCGUGUUGCCCACCACUACUUUAAACUACGCAUACUGCAGUCGGAGAUACUCCAGGUCCUGCAGUAUAACCAAGCGCAGAUCGCCAGGACAACAGGGUCUCAUGCUAGGUCGUUUGUUCUAGAGAGAUCCAGACAGCUGCCAUCCCCUUAUCUUGUUCAUUUCGACUCCUACAGGUCAUGGCGGAUAGAUAUCGAUCGGAGACUUCGUGAAUGGAAAGACAGUGCGCCCACAAAGCAAGAGACUGGCGUUGCUUUUUCGACCGAGUUCCUCGACCUAAACUACUGGCAGGCUAUCGUUUUGCUGUACAAGCAGAGCCUGAGCAUCCCCGCAAUGUUCGAGGGAGAGUACAACCCGUCCAACGAGGUCAACAGUCCCACGGCAUUCACCGCUGAGCUGCGCGAAGAUGAGGAGCGCAUAUACCUCAAGGUCGCGGAGGCGGGACAGAAGAUUCUCCGCAUAUAUAGACAGCUGCAUCUGAGCAGCCUCGUAAGCUAUACUUAUUUGUCCACUCACCACUUGUUCAUGGCUGGCAUAUCGUAUCUUUACGCCAUCUGGCACUCACCUGCCGUGAGAAGCCGCCUGACAAUGGAUGAAGUCGACUUUACAGUACUGGCAGCAAAGUCAGUAUUCACCGACAUGAUUGACAAGUGCCCCCCGGCAGAGACAUGCCGCGACGCUUUCGAUCGAACAGCCAAGGCCACCAUACAGAUGGCCACAUCAAAAGGAGGCUUCGGCUCACCUGUACAACAACAAACUCGCAGACAACCUACCAGAAGGGAGACAACCAACUGGGCGCCUACUCCCGUGGACAUGGCUCCCAAAAAGCCAGCACCUCGACAUCCCCACCACCACCACCAAUCUGAACAGCAGCAGCAGUUCCAGUUUGACUUGGCCAUGGGCGAUAGCCUGUCAUCGCCCAGCCUCUCGACAGCAGGAGAUAGAGCCACUCCGCCGGUUACGAUGGCUCAUUCUCACCCUCACAGCCACGGCCAACCAAGCCCCAUGCGGCGGACGGGCAGCUAUGACGACGGCAGCUCCGCUGUGGACCAGUCAAUGAUUACAUCACCGUCUAUUCCGCGAAGCCAGACCACACCCGGCAGCACCAGCGGCGGGAACCCGUUCUUGGGUCAGCGGAACCAGCAGUUUGGCAUCCAGGGGCACAUGGAGUACCCGGAUGCGCAGACGAUGGAGCUCUUGCAGACGUUUGGGACCGGAUCCCACACUGGCUUCGGAGGCAUGGACUCCAGCCAGAUGGACUUUGGCCUUGGCAUGAACUGGGAGAGCAUGCACAAUGAUUAUGCGGAAGCACAGCCUAUGAACCCAUUCGAUACAUUUUUCUUUGGCGGGCCUCAGGGAGGAAACGCCGGAUUUGUUAUUGCAUACAUGGAGGCUUUUUGGCUUUGA